AAAAAAAAACCGUAACCGUAAGUCGGAACCUUGAGCGAUGUACCUUGGUAAUCAGGGGACUAACAACAACGACGGACCAGGAAGCGACAUUUUCGUAAGAGCAAGAAAUGCAAACGCCAUGUGGGGGGAGAUCGACCCUGUUCCCGAGCCCAGUCCGCCUGUCAGCGUUGAACCAGAGGCCUGCAGACAGCCCGACCCCCGGAGACCACAGCCCGACCCCCGGGGAACCGGACCAGCUUCUAGCUGCUCUGAAACCGCCCACACCGAGGGGGACGAGCCGCAGGACAACCAGGCGGAUCCCAUCGGUGUGUGUACCAUGGUGGAGGUGGUGGCUGUGAGUGGUAUUCAGGUGAAGAGCCAGCAGGUAGGUGAGGCAGAACUGACCGUAGCCCAGCGGAGAGAGGAGCUGCUGGGACAGUACCGGACCAAGCCCCUGGUGUUCCUGGAGCGAUACCAGGCCCACCUGAAGCCACAGCACCUGUCAGUAUUCUGCCAUCUGACUUCUGACCCCCGGGCGCAGUACUACUGCCGGGAGGUGAGGCGGAGAGCAGCGGGACGGACCAACAGGACCCGGGUACGAAACCAACGCUACGCUGCCCUCCGGGAGCUGCAGAGGGAGGGCCAGUACUUCAGUGAGGACCAGAUGAGAAGCCGAGAGCCCCUACUGUAUGAGCAAUACAUCGGCCAAUACCUGACAGAGGAGGAGCUGCUACAUCGCUCCCUCGAGGCCAUGCAGGGAGGAGCAGGGGAGGAGCGGGGGCCGGGGGGAGCAGAGGGGGGGCUGGCCCACCUCCUCCUCACCUCCUACCAGGAGAGACUGAUCCAGAGCCGGCUGCAGGAGGAGCAGGACAGGGAGGAGGAGGGGGAGGAAGGUAAGACACAGCAUCACCAGCCAGACAACUCGUCUCUGUGUCUCACGGUACUGGGUUGUCCUCUUCAGAUCACGUCUCUCUGUGUCUCAUGGUACUGUGUUGUCCUCUUCAGAUCACGUCUCUCUGCGUCUCAUGGUGGAGGGUUGGGGGCAGAGGGCUAUGAGCCAACACCCCAGGAGAAAGCUCUGCUCAGGGACGAGUUCAUCACUCAGAUGUACCAGCGCUUCCUGGACGGACACGACAAAGACUUUAACUACAGUGAAGUGGACGGGAACCCCGACUACGACAACCUGGACAUCGUCAACAGAGAUGCAGAGGAGAAGUACUUCGAUGAGGAUGAAGAGGAGGAGGAGGAAGAGGAGGACAUGACUAUAGAUGUGUCAUGACAGCAGCUGUCAUUGGACUGUAAAUAUCAUAACUUGUAAUAACUAUACUAUGUAAUGUUUCUACUCUGUUUAUUCUCCUCACAUUCAUUUAAUAUUCAGUUUGCAUGGAUAGCAAUAAAUCAUGAGUGUUUACGUA